UGUCCCCUGCCCAGAAAAGGCCUGCAAAGAGGGCCGGAGGGAGGCAGAGAGACAAGGGGCAUCCAGGAGACAGGCAGAGAGACCAGGGAUGACCAGGAAACUAGUCAGGUGCCAACACAGGAGGAGAGAUGGCAGAGACAUAAGAGACCGGAGGAGUGUCAGGAGAGACAGGAAGAGACACAGAAGGAGAGACAGGAGAACAGACAGGAGGAGAAGCAGAAGGAUAUACAAGAGGAGAAGGGGGAAGUGAGACAGAUAAGACUGGAGGAGAGAAAGGAGGAGAGGUGCGAGGAGAAGCAGAAGGAGAGACAGGAUGAGAAGCAUGAGGAGAAGCAUGAGGAGAGGCAUGAGGAGAGGCAUGAGGAGAGGCAGGAUGAUAGAAAGGAGGAGAAAGAGAUAAAACAGGAAGAAAUACAGGAGGAGAGACAGGAGGAGAUACAGGAGGAGAGGCAGGAAGAGAGGCAAGAGGAGGGACAGGAGGAUAAUGUGGAGCAAAGACAGAUAGGACUGGAGGAGAAGCAGAAGGAAAGGCAGAAGGGGAUACAGAAAGAGAGGCAGGAGGAGAGGCAUGAGGAGAGGCAGGAGGAGAAAGAGAUAAAACAGGAAGAAACACUAGAGGAGAGACAAGUGGAGAGACAAGAGGAAAGACAGGAGGAGGGACAUGAGGAGGGACAGGAGGCGAGGCAGAAGGAGAGACAAGAGGAGAGACAGAAGGAGAAACAGGAAAGACAGGAGGAGAGGCAGGAGAAGGGACAGGAGGCAAGGCAGGAGGAGGGACAGGAGGCGAGGCAGGAGGAGAGACAGGAGAAGAGUCUGGAGGGGGUGCAGGAGGAGAUACAGGAGGCAAGGCAGGAGGAUAAUGUGGAGCAGAGACAGAUAGGACCGGAGAAGAGUCAGGAGGAAAGACAGGAGAAUAAGGAAGAGGAGAUAGAGAUAAGGCAGGAUGCGAGGCAAGAGGAGAAACAGGAAAUACAGGAGGAGAGGCAGGAGGAGGUACAGGAGGAGAGGCAGGAGGGAAAACAGGAGGAGAAGGAAAAGGAGAUAGAGAUAAGACAGGAGGCAAGGCAGGAGGAGAAACAUGAAAGACAGGAGGAGAGACAGCAGGAGGAGGAGGAGGAGAGACACGAGGAGACACAGGGAGAGAGACAGGCAGAUAGAGAGACGAUUUUUCAAGGGUUGAAGCGGGAAAGGGGGGAGGAGAAGGGAAGGGAGGGGGCAAAUGAAGGGCCAGAGGAGGGGGCAAAGGAAGGGCCAGGGGAGGGGGCAAAGGAAAGGGAAGGGGAGGGGGAGGGCCUGCAGCUCCAGACUGGCUUGUCACUCAGAUCCAGGAAUAGAAAAGCUCUUGCAAGCUGCAGCUCCACACUCUCAGUCGUCCGACAGCCACAGUCAGGAAUCUUACCCUUGCUAACGCAGACGCCGCCGCGCACAACACCGCCCUGCUAUUCACAGGGUUCCCUCGCAACUGGACAGCAACAUCAGACAUACCGGCAGCACCAGGAACACCGGCAGCAUCGGACACACAGCCCUAGCCCUCCCGCUUCCAUCACCCACAUACCGGACUACCGGACGACUUUUUACCCACCCAGACCCAAACCCGGACACAGACCGGAGUAG